AUGAAAAUACCCCUUGAAGGGAUUAUCAGCAUAGUGCUCACUCCAUUUUUGGGGUUUGAAUUAAGAGAAAUGAUAAUUUUGUUAAGCAUAAUGAGUGCUGUUUAAGUGGCUAUAUUCUUCUCUUUUAAACUGGAUGAAAAAAGGUAUUUACUAAUGAAUCUGAGUUACACCACAGGUUUAGCUAUAUAUUUUGUGGAGUGUGCAGUGAAACUUCAAAAUUUCAGUGUUUUAAUUCUCCAUUUUAUAUGUAUUGAAAUAGGUCAAGAAAGAGUAAAAAAAGAAUUGUUGUAAAAACUCACCAUUUUAAUCAAUCUAUAUGCUUUAAUUAGAGUUUGCAGCUGGAAUUCAUAUGAUAUAUACACCUUUAUCGGAGGGAUUUCAUUACUGUUAAUUCUUCUCUUUGUGUUAUAGGCCAAUCAGUAAAAAUAGGAUAAUUAUCCUUAGACCUCAUAUGUAAAGUCUUAUGAGAAGUCAAUUUCAAAUGUUGUGCAAAGUCCCGAUUAUAGAAAACAAUAAUACCAUUCAUCAGCAACGAACUUGUAAUAGGAGUUGUAAGAAUGCUCCCACUUCUUUAAUUUAAUACCAGACCCUCUAAUUUUACUGAUGGCUUAAGAUUUGGCCAUAUACUUCUGUAAUUCAGCAACCUUAGAAUUAUUUAAGAUAACUGACAAAUCUAAUUUUAAGACUUGUUUGGAAUAAUUAUCUGAAGUUGUAACCACUUAGGCCAAACCAGAUAUCAGAGAUCCUAGAGAUUCACUUCCAUCCUUUUAGAGUUUUUAAUAGACUUUUCAAUAAUACAAAUUUUCCAAUAAACGUUUGUCUAAAGAAGAAAUUGAAUUGAAUUAACUUCUGUGUGAUUUGAGAAACAUUAAGGCAAACAAAAGAUUUUUUUAGAUCUUAAAGAAUAGUCCUCAUAACACUGUAUUUAUAGGGAGCUAUUUAGGAAACAGGUAUGAAAAUGAUGGCCGUGGAGAUUUGGAGCAACCAAAAAAACGUUUAUUAGAAAUCAAUGCACAUGCAACUUUGAUUGAUGAUAAAUUAAUGAUUUUGCUAUAAAUUAGAGAUGUUACUCAUAGAGACUAUAUAAAGUUGAUACAAAAAUAAUACUAAGUCAAAUCGAGUAUUAUUUCUUUUGUUAGUCAUGAAUAUAGAACACCUCUCAAUUCAAUCAUUUAGUUUAUCUCUGCUCUAUAAGAUGAAAGGGAUCCCAACCUUUAAAGUAAGUACAUCAAAAUUUCGUUAUUAAAUUGUAAGUAUUUACUCAAUCUAUCCAAUGAUUUGCUAGAUUUUGCAUAAUUAAAAGCAGGUAAGUUUUCAAUCAACCCUGUUUAAAUGGACCUUAAGAGAUUGAUUGAAGAAUGUAUGGAAUUAUUCAAUUUGGAAGCUAGCUUAAAAAAAAUUGAUCUCUCAUUAAACUUUAGAAAAAAUGUACCGAAAUUACUGAACAACGACCCAAAUAGGAUUAGAUAAAUAAUAAUAAACCUUCUUGGAAAUGCUUUCAAAUACACUUUGCAAGGGUAUAUAGAAAUCAAUGUGUCUAAUUAUCACACAAGUUCACUAAAAAUAGAAGUUCGUGAUACAGGACUUGGAAUCAAGGAAGAACAUAAAGAAAGAUUAUUAUAGGCCUUUGUUAGAGUGGAAGAUAAAGAAAGCAAAAAGUUGAAUCCUUAAGGAGUUGGAUUAGGAUUAAUUAUUAGUAAUAUGAUUGCUAGAAAUUUGAGUUUCAAUGAAAGAGGAUUACAAUUUCAAUCAGAAUACUAAAGCGGGUCAUCAUUUUGGUUCUAUAUUUCGAAAAAUAUUUCAGAAUCAGAAAUUGAUGAAGAAUCAGAAAACAUCGAUGAAGAAAGUCCAGAAAGAAGGUAAUCUUUAUGGAGAUACAAUAAUAUCAAGUCAUAACAUAUAAAUAAAUGUCAAUGUGCUAAUAUUUUGAUUGUUGAUGACAAUGCAUUUAACAUAGAAGUUCUGAAAUUCUUAAUUUAAAAGAUAAAUUCAUCUCUUAAAUUAGAAUACUCUUUAGAUGGCCAUACUGCUAUCUAAAUGGUAAAUUCAAAUAGAUGUAAUAAUUGUAAUGGUUAUGAUGCAAUAUUUAUGGACAUCGAUAUGCCUACAAUGAAUGGCAUUUAAGCUACUUCUAUAAUUAAGAAAUAAUAUCCAAAAAUUUAGAUUAUUGGAUGUUCGGCUUAUGCAAAAUAAGAAGAAGAAAAUUUGGCAAUCUAAAAUGGAAUGGAUGGAUAUUUAGUUAAACCAGUAUAAAUUGAAUAGCUUAAAACCUACUUAAAACUUGAAUUUUGA